UUGGUCAAAAGGAACAUUCGGUGUUGUGGAUGUUCAACACAGUAAAGUGACGUGGAGAGCUCGGAAAUGGAGAGGCGCGUCUAAAACUUUGUGAACUAUGAUAAGACUCGUCACAAUGUAAGAGGAGUUUGCUGGGACACGGAUUAAAGACGGGUUUUCUUUCUAUCUGACUCGUAAAUCUUUGAAAAUCAUCAAGAAAGAAGGCGCCAAGUACACGGAUAACCGGGCUAACCAUUAGCUAGCUAGCAGGACCAGCCUCUCUGCGCUGUAAAGUGAGCGUUAUGCAAAGUAAAAGUAUUCCUAUCACCUGUGCGGCAUCAUGAGAGGCUACGGAAGGACUUGACUGACGAAUACUGGAAAAAGAAAAUAUUAAAAACAGAUAACUUGGGGAUAAAGAAGCAUUUUGGUGAAGCUGGAACGUAUCCACAUCUGUCAAGAUGGGUUCUUUUCUCCGGGGUGAUGAGAUGUGUUUGGCUCAGUUGUUUCUGCAGUCCGGGUCGGCUUACGACUGCAUCAGUGAGCUGGGAGAGCUGGGGCUGGUGGAGUUCAGAGACCUCAAUCCUAAUGUGAACACAUUCCAGAGAAAGUAUGUGAAUGAGAUCAAAAAGUGUGAAGAGAUGGAGCGCAUACUUGGAUACCUUCUGAGGGAAAUAAAAAAAGCUGAUAUUUCACUGCCGGAAAGAGACGUGAACCCUGUGACUCCCUCACCCAAGAAUGUCAUUUCAAUUAUGGAACAGCUGCAGAGAUUUGAGGCAGAAUUAGGUGAAGUCACAAGAAACAAAGAGAGGCUUCAAAAGAAUCUGCUGGAGCUGACGGAGUACACACACAUGCUGCGCAUCUCCCGAAACUUCGUCCAGAGGCCUAUUGAGAGAGAGCCGCACCAAGUCCAAUACGAAGAGUUUCCCUUCCUAGAAAAAGACACAGUGAUGGACUACAGCAGCAUGCAGCGACUUGGAGCCAAACUGGGUUUUAUUUCUGGACUGAUUCAACGGGCAAAGAUCGAAGCCUUUGAGAGGAUGCUAUGGAGAGUAUGUAAAGGUUACACUAUUCUCAGCUAUGCAGAAGUUGAAGAGUAUCUACAGGAUCCUGACAAAGGUGAGCCUGUCAAAUGUGUGGUCUUCCUCAUCUCUUACUGGGGAGACCAGAUUGGCCAGAAGGUGAAGAAGAUCUGUGACUGCUACCACUGUCACUUGUACCCGUACCCAAACAGCAAUGAGGAGAGGAAUGAUGUCGUGGAGGGACUAAAAACUCGCAUUCAGGAUUUACACACAGUGCUUCAUAGAACAGAGGAUUACCUGAAACAGGUUCUGGUCAAGGCUUCAGAGUCGGUCUACACGUGGGUGGUCCAGGUCAAAAAGAUGAAGGCCAUCUAUUAUAUUCUGAACUUGUGCAGCUUUGAUGUGACGAAUAAGUGUCUGAUCGCGGAGGUUUGGUGUCCUGUCAGUGACAUUCCCACGCUGCGCAGAGCUCUGGAGGACGGAUCGAAAAAAAGCGGAUCAACCGUCUCGUCGUUCGUCAAUCGUAUCCCUACAACCGACACUCCUCCCACCCUGAUAAGGACCAACAAGUUUACCUCCGGGUUCCAGAACAUCGUGGAUGCGUAUGGUGUGGGGACAUACAGGGAGGUGAACCCCGCUCCCUUCACAGUCAUCACUUUUCCUUUUUUGUUUGCUGUGAUGUUUGGGGACUUGGGCCAUGGAGUCAUCAUGGCUCUGUUUGCUUUAUGGAUGGUGUUUUAUGAGAACAACCGCAAACUUAAAAACACCAGAAAUGAGAUCUGGAACACGUUCUUUGAGGGGCGAUAUAUCAUCCUCAUGAUGGGCAUCUUCUCCAUCUACACUGGUCUUAUAUACAACGACUGCUUCUCAAAGUCCCUUAAUAUAUUUGGCUCUGGGUGGAGUGUGAGCGCCAUGUUCAAGACAGGAGUCUGGACGAAGGACGUUCUUCAUGGAAAUCGCUUCCUCACCCUGGACCCGAAUGUUACAGGAGUUUUCACCGGGCCGUACCCUCUGGGAAUCGACCCAAUAUGGAACUUGGCGUCCAACCGCCUCACAUUCCUGAACUCUUACAAGAUGAAGAUGUCUGUGAUAGUGGGCGUCAUACACAUGAGCUUCGGCGUCAUCCUCAGCACUUUCAAUCACACUUACUUUAAGAAGAAGUACAACCUUUACCUGGUGUUUCUGCCUGAGCUCCUGUUCCUGCUGUGUCUGUUUGGCUACCUGGUCUUCAUGAUAUUCUACAAGUGGCUGGCGUUCUCUGCUAUAGACUCCAGACAUGCACCGAGCAUUCUCAUACACUUCAUCAACAUGUUCCUCAUGCAGGGGGAGGAGGUGCAGCCCCUCUACCCCGGACAGCAUGGACUGCAGGUGUUUCUGGUGGUCAUUGCUGUCCUUUCAGUGCCUGUUCUUCUUCUUGGAAAACCCCUUUACCUUUACUGGCUCCAACAUGGACGCCAGCACCUUGGAAUGUACAGGGGAUAUGAGCGUGUGCGACGCAGCAGUGAAGAAGAGCUCUACCUGCUGAGGACUCACGAUGAAGAGGAGGGCAGCAGUUACAGUGAUCUUUCUGGAAGUGGAGAGCAAAGUUCAGAGGAGUUCAACUUGGCCGAUGAGUUCCUUCAUCAAGCCAUCCACACUAUAGAGUAUUGCCUGGGUUGUAUCUCCAACACGGCGUCCUACCUGAGACUCUGGGCUCUGAGUCUGGCUCAUGCUCAGCUGUCUGAAGUCCUGUGGGCCAUGGUGAUGAGGGUGGGGCUACGAAUGGACACCAGUCUUGGGGUUUUAUUUCUAGUUCCAGUGUUUGGUCUGUUUGCUGUUCUCACUGUGUCCAUCCUCCUGGUGAUGGAGGGUCUGUCUGCAUUCCUCCACGCCCUUCGCCUUCACUGGGUGGAGUUUCAAAACAAGUUCUACAGUGGGACUGGAGUCAAGUUUUGCCCCUUCACCUUUUCGGCUCUGCCUUCCAGUUUUGAAAGCGACGGUUUACUAUGAAAAGACUGAAUCUACUGACAGCUCAUGAAUGGAGCCAAAGCCGGCCAGUUCUGCGCUGCGACGACGUCACAAUGUGAUUUUUGAUGAUUAUUUUUACCUUUUAAACAGUUUUGUGAGUUUUUAAAAGCUCAAACACUGCCUCCCCAACAGGAUCACAAAGAUAAGACAGAAUUAGUAUGUUCCAAAUGAAUGUAUUUUCUACCAGGAUGGAGAUGAUUACAGACUAGAAUGCAGUUGAAUUAUAAUACUUUCUGGUAUUUCCAUAUACAUAUUUGGAAAGUAAUAUUUUAUUUCAUGAUUUCUGUAUUAGACAACCGUGGAGCCUGAAAAUAUUUUUGCACAAAAACUGUUUGAAAAGUUUUGUUUGAAGUAUAAAGAAAAACAUUUUUUCUUUUAAAAACUAAAGAUUUCCUAUUUUUCAACAACUACUCUAAAACUAUUCAUUUUUACAUAGCGGCUUAUUUUGUUUUCUCCCCUCCUGGAAGGUGGUUGUUUUUUUCUGAUGAGACACUUGAUAAAUAACUCAAAAUAUUCCUCGUGAUUUCACAGAGUUCCUAUAAGUCAGUUUAGUUCAUUAAAAGUAAAAAAAAAGUUGUAAUUUGGGGAAAACAUAAACAUUUUUAUCCAUUUGGGGAGAAUGACGUCAUGACAGAGGGAUGCUUGGGCCUCCAUCAGGACGUGUUUUGGCACAAAUUCCAUUCCAUAUCUUAGUUUUUCAGUUUGCUGUGUAGACUUUUGUCUCUUACUUUCUUCUUAAGGGGAAAAAAAGAUUAUUUUGCUACCACACAGUUUAGCAUCUUUCUUUUUGCUCGGGUAGUUUUUACUAUUCGGCUGAAGUUGCUGCUGUUUCGCUUCUACAGGAAAUUCUUGUUGCUGCAAUUUCUUGUGCCUCAGAUUUGUUGAAGGUUUUUACACAAAUGCAUUUGUUUGUGCAGAUUCCCCUAUUUUCAUAUUUUGUAGCACUUAGACUUUGAAUAUUUAUUUUUAAUCUUCCAGUCGUUCAGUUGGUUCUGUUUGUACUUAGAUUUUUUUUUGAAACAUCAAAAAUGAUCUAUCGAGGUUGUAAAAUAUUUUAAAACAAAGCUAUUCAGACAGUUUUUGAUCAACUGUGUUGCCUUUUUACCCCAUAUCUGCUGCUGCAUAAUUUAUAUAGUUUGCAAGAACAUGCAGCUGCUGAGUCUCCAAAUGUAAGACUUAAAUGUCAUAAAUCCACUGGACUCUCUACUGUUUUAAUUGGAGUCCUGUUUUAAUGUCAGAAGUUUAUUUUUUUUCUCAUAGUCCUGAAGCUUAGAAUUGGAAUAGAUUUUGGGAUAUUUCUAUUUCUUUUUGUGUGUCAAAGGGAAUCAAAUGUCGUCACUGCUGUUAGUGAUGUGAGUUUUAUUGGUUUUCACAUUUAAGUUCUUUCUUAAGUAAUUCUGAUGACCAAAUAGACAUCAAAUCCUUUUCUGAGAAGUGGUUAAAAAAGACUAAUAAAUUAUUUUUGCUGAAACAA